CACAGAUUGGUAUACGGAGACAGUCGAUUUAUUGCACUCGCACUAUGUCCAUCGCAUCCGAAAACAAUAGCAUCAUGAUAUUUUUUUCUUUAACGGCAAAAAUUCGUGGUCGAGGUACAAAAUCAGUUUGCAGAAAUGCCCAAAACAUCUAUAUUCAAAACUCGAGUUGGAACCGAGUUGCUUAUGGGUAAAGUAGUCAAGCUAAGCAAUAUUGGUAUAAAUCGAAUUCCAUGUGCACAGGUUCGCUGCAGUAUGAAUGAGUUCAAUAUAUAUCUGAAGAAAUACUUUGCCCGCUCAUUCGAAUUUUGGGCGUUGGAUAAGCAAUCAAAGGGAAGCUUGGGCGAUAUGGUGUUGAUUCGAAGGAUCGGCGUGGAUGAGCGGCCAACUACCAAUGUAGCUCAUGCAAUUGAUCGAGUAGUUUUCAAGUAUGGUAACAUACUUGAUCCUGUCACUGGUAGACGGGUCAUUAAAGACGAGUUUUCUGAUGAGAUAGAACUGCGUAAAAAGCUCGUUGCAGAGAUUAUUGAUACCCCACUAGAACAGGAUGCUUUGUUAUUUGACGAGAGGCGAGGCAUCCAACAAGAAAUACUUGCUGAGAAAAGAGCUGCCCUUGAAGGAGAUAAAGCUGACGUUGAAAAGCAGAUGGAGUCGGAAGACCUGUCUAAGGAACGGUUUGUAAGAGUGCACAGCUACCUCGAGGAACGAGCAGCUCAAGUGGCUGAUCUUCUACAGGUGGUAGACAACUCCAAUCUUGUUUCGGGUGAGGUGACCAAAGGUCCAAGAACAGCUGCACAGAGACUUCCACGUCAUAUGAGAAGGCGUGCUAUGGCUUACGAAGUUCGCCGGUUCCCGAAAGGUUUGCGCAACUUUGCUGCUCCGUUCUUGGCCCUUUCAAAGCAUCGCAAGAAACCUCCAAGCAGAUUUUUUCGCAGGAGAUCUAGGAACUUGUUGUUGAAUUACAUAAGAAGACAGCGUAAGAUGGUUUGGCUUGAAACACACAUUUGGCAUGCAAAACGAUUCCACGUCAUCGAUAGGUGGGGAUAUCGAUUGCCUGACCGAAGUUUCCAACGCAAUUUCCGGCCUUGCUAUCGUGAUUCCGUUAGACACUGUACAAUCCGUGACAAGAGCUAUCUUUCUUGCAUUUUGAUAUCACAUAACAAUCAGGAGGAGCUCAUUGCCCUACUUAAUCCUAUGUGCGCCGGUGCAACUAGUCCCACAUUCGCAUUCAAAAGCGGAUUGAACGGGAUCUGUGAGGUUUCGACUCACCUUUAUCACCCUGCGCAAUAUCCCAAUGGUUAUAUUGGGCCGGCCCGUUUUCACUGGAGCAAAGAAGGGCAAACAUUCAGUUUGGCGUUGUGGGUCCAUCCUUCGUGUCGCGAUGAGGUUUUCGAUGUAAUCAAGGAAUUAUUGGGACUGGUGGACGAACAACAUUCAAAUGGCGAGGAGCAACUGGAAAGCUUCAUCCUUAGAACUGUGGAAGAGUGGCGAUUGUGCAAAAUGCGGGUUCGCACUGAUUGUUGGAGUGGGAAGAACGGAAUUAAAGUACAAGAUCUACGCGAUCAGUUAGUUAGAUUUCGUCUUUACGGUCCUUUGGCUCUUACCAUAGUUGCGGAUGCGCUUAAACUGGUCGAGGAUGAGAAAGCGCCUCAAUUUAGCGAAAAUCACAUUGAAUGGCGUGAAUCAGCCUCGCUGCUCUCGCCUGGCAAUGCUGUUGAUGGUUCCGUAUUCUCGCUUCUAGUUGAGGAUCCACGAAUAUCGCGGCCAAGUGUGAAGGAGGUUCCUCGAAGCGAUCAUGAUGAGCCUAUUAUGGAACGUCGAGUUGUCCCUCGAGCGACAUUUUGGGACAAAGAAGAGCGCCUGAAAGCGCUAGGUGAUAGGAUGAGCGAUUCCGAAUUGAACAAGUUGAAAGGGAAAUGUCUUGGCCAGAUCAAAGAAACGGAAGCCAAGAUUCCCGUUUUCGUUGUGAUUCGUAAUGGAGGAACUGGACGUGGCGACACCUUGUCUGGAUGCGAGUUCAUCGUACCAUGUGGAUUUGGUAUGGAUUUUUGGGUGGCUUUGCAAUUACGCACUGCUCGCGCCUCUGGGUGGCGCGAUGAAUUGGCAGCACAUCUGGAAGCGUCAAGGUUAUGUUACCCAACGGAUGUUGUGGAUUCUAAGGCAGGGAAAGAUGAGAUCAACCGAAUGCAGAAUGAACUUGAGAUGAAGUACGAUAAACGACCACAUAACCGACGAGUACAGUAUUGGAAGAAAAUGUCAGUAAAAUACCCAUUCUCUUUUGAAUAUAUGGAACUUUUCAACGAUUGGUUGAAAGUCAAGGGGAAGGAACUUGCAACACAACCGUUCGUUUUGCGAGACCGCCGGCUGCUCCUAUCGCUGUCAAAGUGGAUGGAUGGAAAAGGAAAGCUUCAAGAUGGUGCGCUGAGCGAAUACUUUGGCGGUUUAGUCCCAGUAGAAUUGCAAUGCUUGGCUCGUGGUAGACCUAAGCGUUAUGGUCUUGUUUGUCUCCCAACUGCAGAAGAUAUGUUGAAGAUCAAAAAUCGUCACAAAACCGGCCCGGUAAUGAUUAUCCAACCUCCGAGAGACGCCAAAGAAGGCGCUGAAUCUACAUCAAUGGAAGUGGAGGAGCUCAUCAAGAAAAAUGACAUUUGGAAGGACACGGUGUCACUCGAUCAGUCAGCUCGUGAGAAACCAAUACCACUGAAAGAUUUGUUUCCUGACACCAAGGUGGUUGAUAAGUCACUGAAGCGAAGGUUGUUGAAUCGGAAGAAAAGAGAGAACAAGAAAAGGAAGCUCGAGAACAGAGAAGAACGAUUGAAGGAGCUGAAUGCAGAAAAAGACGAAAAGGAUAGGAUUACCUAUCGCGAGUCGGCUAACAGGCUGAUCAUUGGCAGAAUCGUACGUGGCGACUUCUCAUUCUACGCUGCAUCUGGAAGAGCACUUUCAUAUGUUCCUUUUUGCGUCUUGGAAGAAGUCCGCAAAACUGGAGGGAUGGUUCUCUUGCGAAAUUCUACAUCGAGAUAUUAUCACCCAGCAAAGCUGAAGAUUUUGACGAAUCAGCUAGAACUGUGAAAUUUUUAUCACGUCUCUCAUGUUAUUUGUUACAUUGCUUGUUGAUCGUUAUUGUUGAUGAAGUUUCAUUUUU